GCACAGUUUUCAAAUUCCGAGGUUUGCCCUGGAACAAACAUCGUGAAGUCGGAGAUAAGAUCAACAUGGGUUUCAAUGCGAUGGUGGAGAAUCCUGGCACCAAAUUACCUCAAGUACUCACUCGGGAACUGGAGUGUAUUGGAUGUAAAUGA